GUCCCGCCCCGCGCCCUCCGACGGCCGCCACACUCAGACACUGAACGCCAGUCAUGGACCUGGGGCUCGCGGGCCGCCGUGCGCUCGUCACCGGGGCGGGCAAAGGCAUCGGGCGCGGCACUGUCAAGGCGCUGCACGCGGCGGGGGUGCAGGUGGUGGCCUUGAGCCGGACCCGGGCCGACCUGGACAGCCUGGUCGUCGAGCCCCUCCCAGGGCGCGCGGCCUCCGGUGGAACGGCAACGCCCCCUGGGCUUGGAAGGAGGCAGAAAUGGCUGCUUUGCCGGCCCGGGGCCUUGGGACGCAGGAAGUGGACCGGCCGGAGGCGGGGCCAGCCUCCAGGUCACCAAGCCCGGAGAUGCCCAGGGACCGCGUUAGGUCCUCUACCACCUCCCUCAGCAGCCUGCGUUCUGAACCCCAAGAAGUGUCCUGGGGUGGAGCCCGUGUGUGUGGACCUGGGUGACUGGGACGCCACGGAGCGGGCACUGGGCAGUGUGGGCCCCGUGGACCUGCUGGUGAACAACGCCGCCGUGGCGCUGCUGCAGCCCUUCCUGGAGGUCACCAAGGAGGCGUGUGACACAUCCUUCGAUGUGAACCUGCGGGCUGUCAUCCAGGUGUCUCAGAUCGUGGCGAGGGGCCUGAUAGCUAGGGGGGCCCCGGGGGCCAUCGUGAAUAUCUCCAGCCAGGCCUCACAGCGCGCAAUAACCAACCACAGCAUCUACUGUUCUACCAAGGGUGCCAUGGACAUGCUGACCAGGGUGAUGGCUCUGGAGCUUGGGCCACACAAGAUCCGCGUGAAUGCGGUGAACCCCACAGUGGUGAUGACCCCCAUGGCCCAGGCCAACUGGAGCGACCCCCAGAAGGCCAAGGCCAUGCUGGAUCGAAUCCCACUUGGCAGGUUUGCUGAGGUGGAGAAUGUGGUGGACGUCAUCCUUUUCCUUCUGAGUGACCGGAGCAGCAUGACCACAGGUUCCACCGUGCCGGUGGACGGAGGCUUCCUGGCCACCUGAGUCUCCUCUGCCUAACGUAACCCCUGCUUCGUGCUGAGCCCACCCCUGUCCCCAUCUCUCCAAUAAACAUGAUUCUUCUGCCUGGUUUGCACACUGACUGCUAGGCCGCUGGCAAGGGGUCGGGAGGUGCAGGACCCAGUGCUGGGGGGUGGGAAUGAGUCCCAGGUAGGCAGGCACCCGUUCAACUCACAGCCCAGGCCAGGUGGCAGCCUGGCUCCCGCGCCUGAGAUUUUUCAGACCUGGCCAAGUUCCUGGCAGGGCCUGGGAGGCGAGGCCAUCCAGGAGGCCAGCUCCUAAGCGCGGCGGUGAAUUUGACCAAGGAUGGCCUUUGGCUCCGUCCGGAGGCUUGUGGGCUGGAAGCAGCGGCGUUCUGACAACCAGCUCCAUGGGUGUAACCGCACGGAGACACCGGUUGAUGCUUAUCGGCAUUAAUGAACGAGUCAGAAGUGGAACAAGGAAGACGGAUGUUGGAACUUCGCUAAUUUGUCAGCGACCUGAUCGACCUCUUUGCCAGAUCAGGUGACAGUUUUCAAAUACUGGAAGGACAUCGUCCCACUUUUGUGGCUCACAAAGGACUCCCCACGUGAGAGCUGGCCCAUGUGUCACCCGCGUGUCUUCCUGCCUUAGGCCUGAACGAUUCGGUCCGCCAGGCCCUGCUCGAACUUGGCCGGUCUCCACAGGGUAGGGACACCCCCCCCCAAUCUGAUGUUACUGAGGGCGGGGCUGGGCGCAGAUGUGUGGGGACGGAUGUGCAGUGUCCCACCUUCAUGUGGCAUCCGCACCACACAGAUGCCACGGGCACAAGUAACCCCACACACCUAGACGAUAGCAUUGUGUACAAAAACGGGUGUUUGGAGUAUUUGCUCAUUUUCUGAUAUGACUCAUUGUAAGUGUAUAUA